CGCGCGCAGCUCAGUUCAUUGCGGUCGGUUAUCAUGUGUGGAAGGCAUAUCACGGACGGGUAGUGCUGCCUCUCGAGCAGUUAGUGCAUUGUGUUUUUGUACAAUAUACUAAAACACUUGGCAAAACAAAACAAACAAAAAACUAAAGUGCCAUUCAGUGGAUUUUGAUCCUGAUUCGAUUUCUGAUGAGUGCAGUGGCUUAUGCCAAAGAAAAUCUGCAAACAUGGUGAUGUUUACGCCCGGUAUAUCGAUAUUCGCGACCAUAAGUGCCAUAUUCGUUUUCGUGUUCGGAAUAAUAGGAAACCUCCUCACAAUCACAGCCCUCCUCAAAUAUCACAAACUACGGAAACAUCCAACGACAGCGUUCGUGCUUUCCCUAAGCAUAUCAGAUCUCUUUUUCUGUGCAGUAAAUAUGCCCUUAACGGCAAUAAGGUUCCAUAAUCAGAAAUGGACAUUGGGUGAUGAUUUGUGUAAAGUGUUUCCAGUAUUCUUCUACGGCAACGUGGCGGUGUCAGUGCUCAGCAUGGUAGGCCUCACAAUUAAUCGGUAUACGCUGAUUCUUCAUCCUAGUCGCUAUUCUAAGAUAUACACUCCACUUAGUUUGUGUUUGCAACUAUUCAUGAUAUGGGCAUUCUCUUUUGGAAUUAUGCUCCUUCCAUUGUUCGAAAUCUGGGGCCGGCUAGGACUGGACGAGGAAACGUUUUCCUGUACGAUUCUCAAGAAGAAUGAUACAUCACCAAAGAAAUUCAUCUUCUUGUUUGGAGUUUUGGUUCCGUGCAUAAUCAUAUCAAUAUCCUACUCAUGCAUAUUUUGCACAGUACACAAACAGCGAGCAAAGCUAAAGGCUCACAGUUCUAACUCUUCAAGCCGAAUCGAAUCGUUCUUCCGCAGCAAGGAAGACUGUCGGCUAACGCUGACACUGUUAACGAUCUACGUAUGCUUUUUGGUAUGCUUCUUUCCACUGAUGAUUGCCAACGUCAUCGACGAUGAUGGGUCGUAUGCGAAUCUCCACGUAUUUGCAUCGGUUCUGGCGUGGAUGUCGGCCGUCAUCAAUCCAUUAAUUUAUGCCAUUGGAAGUCAAAAUUACAGACACGCGUAUACCAAACUUCUCUCAGAACUUUGCUUUUGGAAGACGAACGUCGAGUUGCGAUCAUUCGACGAAGUGAACAAAUCUCGGACAGUUGACCAUUUAUAGCACACGUUGGUGAUAAUGUAUGCAGCGAAUAAAAGACUUAGCUUUAACGACAGAAACCGAA